AGGCAGGCAGGAAACCGACGCCAGUUCCAACGCCGCGCGCGGCAUCAGGCCGCGCUGGCGCGCGGGGUCCUUGAUAUCCCGCGGCGGCCGGCCUGCUGGUUUCCCGCGGUUCCUCCCCUUCCCCGAUCGGCGCCGCGAUCCCUGUUCUUCCUCCGCAAUUCAACAACCUCAGAUUAUUAUUAUUAUUGUUGUCGCGACGUCGAUCGGUCUACAAUCAUCUGGUUCGGAUCGUGAAUCUUAAAUCGAGCAAGAACUGGUUUCGGAUCAAUCAAGCGUGCUCAAACAAGGGUUCCAAGGUUUUGCAAGACAAGCGUGUGUGUGAGAGAGAGACCUGCAUUGUUUGGUCGCCACUACUACCAUGCGCGAUGGCCGCGUCGCUGUCCUCGGCGCUGAGCUCCAUGGAGGUGAUGCUGGACGCGCUCAUGCAGCGAGGGAUAGGCAAGCCGGAAGAAGCCAGCAGCAAGCCCAAAGAAGAGGAGCCGCCACCGGCGCUGCCCAGCCGCCCGACGGGGCGAGGCAGACUCCCGGCGCUGCAUAGGCCCGGCGGCACAGCAGCGGCUCCGUGGAUCCACCGGCCAUCCCCGGUACCGCAGCCAACGCAGGAAGACGAUGAGGAGAAAUGUCUGGUCGGUCGGGAGCUGGAAAGACGGGCGGCCAAGGCAGAGGAGGAGGUGAAGCAGAAAGACGAGGAGAUGAGGCAGAAAGAGCAGCUCAUCGCCACGCUGCAACGGCAGGUGCAGCACUACGAAUCCCGGCUCUCGGAAUGCGAGGUCAGGAUGAAAUCUGUGGAGAGGCAGAUCACUUCGUUACAGAUGGCUCACAGUCACAGCCAGACCGCUGGCGUAAGCGUAAGGAGAGAUGGAUCGACGAGGCACAUCCAGGGAUCAUCUCGUGGAGGCCUUCCGCCGUCGUCUCAGCCAUCGUCAGUGAGGCGCCAGCAGCGCGGUUCCGAGCCCGCCGCUGCCGACGAGAGCGAGAGGACGACACUGGCGGAGCCGGUAGUGAACCAGCUGGCCAGGGAGUUCCAGACGGGGAGGGAGGCGUUCGAGCACAACGCGCGCGCGGUGGCGGAGGCCAGCAGGCUGCCGACGUCGUCGUCCACUCCUGGCAGCGCCAGGUCGGUGGAGGAGCUCAAGACGCUCAAGAGCCAGUUCGCCACGUGGAAAAAGGAGUACGAGGCCCGGCUGAAGAAGACCAAGGCCGAGCUCAAGAGGCUCGUCCACGCCGAGAAGAGGAACGGCGCCGGCGACCGGCACGCGCACCAGCGGCGGUGCGGGUGGUGGAGGAUCAAAGCGCCCAAAUGCUGCAGGGCGCCCAAGUGCUGCAGCAGCUUCAAGCUACCCAGCCCCAAAUCGUGCUGCUGCUGCUUCCGCCGCUGAUGCAUACAUGAUUCACUGCAAAUGCAUGGGUUGGCUCUUCGCAUGCUCAGGGUUGGAUUUGACGCCCCAAAAAUCAUUGGAAUAUGAGACCAUAGUGAGUGAACAAGAAGAGAAUUACUGGUGUCUUUUA